ACACAUCUGAUAGAAGAACAUCACAGGACAAGAGUUGCAAUCAGUCACUUACAGAGCUCGCAUCGCAUCGGACUGCUGCUUUCCACGAUUUCGCCCUUGGAUGUGUGGAUGCGUGCCGCCUUCAAGAGUUUCACAUCAGUUGAAGUUGCCUGGAAGAAUGUGUUGGAAUUUUGUCUCCAUUUUCUGGACGGAGAGACAUCGGUGCGCUCCUGCUGAACACGCAACAAACUAAACACCUGGAACUCUGUUCUGCUGAAAGUCGUUCUUUGCUAAGGGAAUUAUUUAGAAAGGCAGCGAUCUACAGGCUGAACCCCCAUAGAGAAAGGUAAUGAGGGAUCGCACCUGAAGAUGGAGCUUUUCUGGAUUUUAUUAUUUUCUGUAUUCCAUCGCUACGUGCAAACGCAAGGAGUUUACGCUCCUGCGAAUGCUCAGAUUGUGCAUUCUGGGCAGACAUGUGUGGUGAAGGAGGACAACAUCAGUGAAAGGAUCUACACCAUCAGAGAGGGGGACACGUUAGUUCUGCAGUGUCUGGUCAAAGGACACCCGCGGCCUCAGGUGCGGUGGACCAAGACAGCAGGCAGCGCUUCCGACAAGUUCCAGGAGACGUCCAUCUUCAAUGAGACUCUACGGAUCCCCAACAUCCAGAGAGUGCAGGGCGGCCGCUACUACUGCAAAGCUGAGAACGGGGUGGGGGUGGCUGCCAUCAAGUCCAUUCGCGUAGAUGUGCAGUAUCUGGAUAAGCCUGUGCUCACGGUGCACCAGACGGUGGGUGAUGUACGAGGGAACUACUAUCAGGAGAAAACAGUGUUUUUACGCUGUACGGUAAACUCCAACCCUCCCGCUCGCUUUAUCUGGAAACGAGGAAAUAAACCAAUCGAACAGAGCAAAGACAAUGGCGUGGACAUCUACGAGCCUCUGUAUACACAGGGUGAGACAAAGGUGCUGAAACUGAAAAACCUCCGUCCACAGGACUUUGCUAAUUACACCUGUCAGGUGUCCGUCCGGAACGUUUGUGAUAUUCCAGACAGCUCUGUCACCUUUCGCCUUACCAACACCACCACCCCCCCUGCUCUAAAGCUGUCUGUGAAUGAGACGUAUGUGGUGGACCCAGGCCAAGACGUCACGCUGUCGUGUGAGGUAACAGCGGGCUUCCCCACACCUAGGGUCACCUGGUCGCGGUACCCUGGGUCCCUCCCUCAGCGCUCCGUGAUCCAAGGCGGGUCCCUCACUCUCCAGUCCGUCACUCCCGCUGAUGCCGGCGUCUACAACUGCACAGCCGUCAACAAUGUGGGAAACCCUGCGAGAAGAACCGCCAACCUCAUUGUGAGAACCAUGAAGAACUUAACAUUCCAGAUCACGCCGGAUUCCAACAAAGACAGUGAGAGCAUACAGAUGGGUCGAGACCUCAAACUUUCCUGCCACGUUGACGCCCAGCCUCAGGACAUGGUGAACUACACCUGGUACAAGAACGGAGCGCUCAUCUACCCCACCGACAGCCUCAUUGUGCUGCGCAGUGACCCAGAUCUGUCUGUCUUCGUUCCUCCUGUUCUGAGUGUGCCAGUCGGAGGGGGUGUGGUCAAUGUCAGUGAGGGCGGUACCGCAGAGCUUGUGUGUUUGGUCGAUGGUAAGCCCCGCCCACCUGUUCUGUGGUCUCGUGCAAACAAGGACCUGCCCAUGCCAUCGGGGGAUUGGGUGGUGGAAACACGUGAUGGACGUUUGCGUUUGACCAAUGUGACGCGGGACAUGAUGGGAGCAUACCGUUGUCAAACCGCUCCUUACAACGGCCUAAACAUCAAACGCCGACAGGGUCAGGUGCAGCUCAACGUGGAGUACCCUCCUGUUGUGGAUCCAGUCCUGCUGGAUGUCCGUUCUCAAACGCUUUCGACAGUCAAUCUCCGAUGCCUGGUUCUCAAGUCCAAUCCAAACCGGAUAGCCAGCGCCCGCUGGUACCGUAAUGGGAUGCCCAUCCGAACUCCACCGGUGGACCCUCAAAGUGUCCCUCAGCUCCGGUUCAAACUAGACACCACUAAUAAUGGCACUUACGAGUGCAGAUUGAGCAAUGGAGUCGGUACCUCAACCUGCACCUUCAUUGUUUCUGCUCAGCCGUAUAAUGCAGAGUUUUACUACGACACUCCAAACCCCAUUCGCACCCUGAAGAACAAUUAUUCCUACAUCUUACAGUGGACACAGAAAGAGCCCGACGCUGUGGACAAAAUCAUCGGUUACUGGAUCAAUGUCCAACAGAACCGACAGACAGUUUUGUCCAAACAGACCACCACUAAAGAGCCAGUGAAAGGUGUGCUCAUGUCCUACACGCUGAUGGACUUGCGUAUUCCCCUGUCGUAUGAGGUCAGCCUCACUCCCAUAACCAGCUACGGCACUGGAAACACGGUCACGCGCACCAUCCAGUACUCAGAGCCCUACACUUACCCAAGACCUUCAGAUCACGUGUGUGGGUUUGAGGACAUUAGGAUAUGUGGGUUCACUCAAGACCGCAGAGAUGUGUUUGACUGGACCAGACAGAACCAUCUCACACAGAACCCCAAACGGUCGGUUAAUACAGGGCCGGAUACGGACAGGAGUGGGACAAAAGAAGGUUACUACAUGUACAUUGAGACGUCGCGGCCGCGCCAGGAUGGGGAUAGAGCUCGUCUCCUCUCUCCAUUGUAUAAUGUUACAGCAGCCCGAGGACCAACGGGGACCACCAGAACCCCCUACUGUGUCUCCUUCUACUACCACAUGAACGGAAAACAUAUGGGUACACUCAAUGUUCUCACGAGGGUGAAGAGCAUCGCCACUGUGGAUUCUGCCGUCUGGUCUCUCUCCGGACACCAGGGGCCCGAAUGGAGGAAGGCGGAUGCUGAGAUCUAUCCGAGCGGACCCUUCCAGGUGGUGUUCGAAGGUAUCCGUGGAAACGGCUUUGAGGGAGACAUCGCUAUCGAUGACGUUUCUGUUACCAAGGGGAAAUGCAAACAAAAGGAGAGCGUGGACAAAACAGCAGUUCUGUCUGGGACACACCAGAGUCUUCACCUUCUUCCUGUGAUCGUCCAGCUGCUCUGCACCAUCUUUCUGACAUUCCUCCUCAGAUGAUACAGAUACCCUUCAGCACACACACCGCCAGUGUAGGACGCCCCCACGGCAGCAAUAAGAACUGCCCCAAAACAUGACCACCCUUCCUGCUACUGCCUCCUCCAUUUCCUCCUGUUUCUCAUGCCCUUUGUCCCGGCUGCACACUUCCUCUUACCAUUCGAGUCUACUGUUUAUUUGGUUUCUCGUCAUCUUUGUGGUCACUUGUUGAGCUUAUAUCUGCUAAGUGGCACCUUUUAUGUUUUAUGUAAGCAUAAUUUCCGUUAAUUUUGUACAUUUCUGUCCAUAUGUCUUGACAUCUUCAUCUCAGUCACCCGUGUAUGUAUCUGACACACCAAGGUGUCAAUUAUAACCAAAGAUGACGGAGGGCUUACAGGAUGAACAGACGGCUGAAAGAGCAACAAGGACGUCCUUUCCCCAAAUGAACUACUCUUUCCACAGUCUCAAGUGCAUGGAGAUGUAAUUUUCUUAAGACACUAAGAUUGCAAGGAAUAACGAGAGCCGGAACGGAUGAGUGAAACAGGUGGUCACGAAGUUACUAAUGACCUGAGUGGACCUGUACAUGCACGUGUACAUGAUAUAUUGGAAAGUAUCAAGCUGCAGAAAGGACAAACGGACUCCGACUGCAACUUCUAGGACUAUGACUAUGUGAAACUAAAGAAGCACAAAUUUAUAUCUUUUUUUUUUUUUUUUGUUAUUUUGGUUCCUUUACUUGGUAUCCCGUCAGUCUGGGUUUGUUGUACACUUCUUGAUCUUUGGCUUUCUUUACCAGAAACCGUGUGUCACUGCUGCAUUGCCGUUCAGUUCGUUCGAUUCCCGAAAACGACACAAUGUGAACUUUGGACCAGAAGAGCAUCAGUUACCUCACCCUCAAUCUACAAGAACCAUAACGCACUUGGACAACUUAUGAGAACGAUCACUUUUAGCUUCAAUAAAACUGCCGGGAGAGUGUUGACUCACUGGGUCAGUCGUUCUCGUUCAGCAAUAGGACCAUACCUCUGACUGCAAUGAAUAUUAUUUGGGCACAUAGACUCCAACAGAUGGACGCCUCUGGACAGACAAACUCCACUCUUGGCUUUGAUGAUCAAGAAUGUCAUUUUGCAUAGUGUUAGAGAGAAAUCGCAUGUGCGUGCAAGCUCCUCAAGGGGUGCCAUUGACAAACUUCAGACAUAUUUUAUUUUGGAAGUUUUGAG